AUGAGGAAUCAUAUGGCAGCCGGGUGGUUCUACUCCCCUAGUCAGAUAGUUCGGCACUUUUCCACACGCUUGUCAAGCCUGAGUCCGCCCAAGAACAUGUUGAGGAACCCCGUUGCCAUUCUACAAGAAUUGACAUCCCACCAAUGGCUCAUGUUCGCCGCGGGCUUCUUGGGAUGGACAUGGGAUUCCUUUGACUUUUUCACGGUGUCGAUGACAAUCAUCGAGAUCUCAGAGGCCUUUGACGUGUCGUACUCAGAUGUCUCUUGGGUAUGA